AUGCAGGCGUAUUGUUUAUGCGUACCCGUGGCCUACCUGCUGAAUCUGCACAAAUUCCAUAGUUUAGCCACCAGCAAUGGCAUUCCACUCGCAGGUUUAGUUUUAACUGAACACCAUGAGCCAAAUCCAUUGGUUUUAGAGUUCUGCCAGUCUGCAAUCAAAAAUGGUCUACCGAUUUUACAUACACCACUCAGUACCUUUGAAACAGCACAGCAACUUGCCAAUUUAAGCAAUGAAAUUCCUGUGGAUGAUACUGAACGUGCCGAUCAAGUGACCCGCUUCGUUUCAAGCCAUAUUGAUCCAGAAUGGUUGACUCAGAUGUUAAAUGGUGAUGAGCCGCGUACCAUUCAAGCCGCAGCGAUCUGUCAAUCCCGCGGUAUUGCACAAUGUGUAUUAUUAGCAAAACCUGAAGCGGUACUUGAAGUCGCCAAAGCACGUAAUAUUGAACUCCCUGUGGAUUUAGAAAUUAUUGAUCCAGAUCUGAUCCGUGAAAACUACGUGACCCAAAUGGUUGAAUUACGCAAAGGCAAACUCAACGAAUUACAAGCACGUGAGCAACUGCAAGAUACUGUGGUACUCGGUACGAUGAUGCUGGCACUUGAUCAAGUCGAUGGACUUGUUUCUGGUGCUAUACAUACCACCGCCAAUACAGUGCGCCCUGCAUUCCAGCUGAUCAAAACUGCACCAGAAUACUCUUUGGUCUCUUCAAUCUUCUUUAUGCUGUUGCCAGACGAAGUUUAUGUAUAUGGUGAUUGUGCAAUCAAUCCAGAUCCAGAUGCUGAACAAUUGGCGGAGAUUGCAAUUCAAUCUGCAGAUUCGGCAAAAGCAUUUGGUAUUGAUCCACGUAUUGCCAUGAUUUCUUAUUCAACCGGCACUUCAGGUGCAGUGUUGGCCGCUCUAAAGCACCAGACUCUCAAGUGGCUGGGCGUGCCAAUGUAUUUAUUUUUCCAGAUCUCAAUACAGGCAAUACCACCUAUAAAGCAGUUCAGCGCUCUGCCAAUGUCGUCAGUGUUGGUCCUAUGCUGCAAGUCAGAACAACAAGCUGCACAUUAA